AUGGUUCAAGUAGAUGGAGACUUGGCGCGAAGGAUUGGAGCUGCAACAGCUCUUGAAGUUAGGGCAACUGGCAUUCAUUAUACUUUUGCUCCCUGUAUAGCGGUAUGCAAAGAUCCCAGAUGGGGAAGAUGUUAUGAGAGUUAUGGUGAAGACACAGACAUCGUUAGAAAGAUGACUCCCAUUGUCUCAGGAUUACAGGGAGAGCCACCAAAAGGACACCCCAAUGGCUACCCUUUCAUGGCUGGAAGAAACAAUAUUAUUGCAUGUGCUAAGCAUUUUGUUGGAGAUGGAGGUACUGUGAGAGGUAAAAAUGAAGGAGAUACAAUUUUGCCUUAUGAUGAUUUGGAGAAAGUUCAUAUGGCACCUUAUCUGGACUGUAUUUCACAAGGAGUUUGCACUGUCAUGGCAUCAUAUUCUAGUUGGAAUGGAAGCAAACUUCACGGUGACCAUUUUCUCCUGACACAAGUUUUGAAAAAUAAGCUAGGAUUUAAGGGUUUUCUGAUUUCAGAUUGGGAAGGUAUUGAUGAACUUACCAUACCUUAUGGAUCAAACUAUCGCCAAUGUAUUUCCACUGCUGUUAAUGCUGGAAUUGACAUGGUCAUGGUUCCUCAUAGAUUCAAACAAUUUGUGGACGAUUUGACAUUUCUGGUGGAAUCAGGAGAGGUACCAAUGUCCAGGAUUGAUGAUGCUGUUGAGCGAAUACUGAGAGUGAAGUUUCUUGCUGGUGUAUUUGAGUAUCCCUUUUGUGAUAGAUCUUUGCUCGAUAUUGUUGGUUGCAAGCUGCAUAGAGAACUAGCUCGCGAAGCAGUUCGCAAGUCUUUGGUUCUUUUAAAGAAUGGAAAGAAUCCGAAGAAACCUUUUCUUCCAUUAGACAGAAAUGCUAAAAGAAUUCUUGUCACUGGAACACAUGCUAAAGAUCUUGGCUAUCAAUGUGGAGGAUGGACAAAAACUAAGUAUGGACUUAGCGGUGGCACAAGCAUUUUGGAAGCAAUCAAAGAAGCAGUCAGAGACAAAACAGAAGUGAUUUACGAGCAAUAUCCUUCUCCCCAUACCUUAGAAAGACAAGAUUUUUCUUUCGCCAUUGUAGCUUUUGGUGAAGAACCAUACGCAGAAAAUGGUGGUGAUAAUGCUGAACUUGUAAUCCCCGUCAAAGGAAGUGAAGUAAUAAACUCAGUCGCGGAAAGAAUCCCGGCGUUGGCAAUUCUGAUAUCUGGAAGACCCUUGACUGUGGAGCCACAGUUGUUGGAAAAAUUAGAUGCUUUUGUUGCUGCUUGGCUUCCUGGAAGUGAAGGAAGCGGAAUUGCAGAUGUUAUCUUCGGAGAUUAUGAUUUCACGGGCCAACUCCCAGUUACAUGGUUUAGAGGAGUUGAACAGCUACCAAUGAAUGCUUCAGAUAAUGCUUAUGAUCCAUUGUUUCCUCUCGAUUUUGGGUUGACAUACAAAUACUAG